UCUGUAUUGCCUUUGAUGGGUUAUUAGGUGACUGUGUGUACUGUUCACACCAACUGACAGGCAUUUAAAGCAGGGGUGAUUGGUGUACAGGUGAGGAGGGAUGGUGAUUGACAAUAUCCGAUUGGUAGUAUGGGUGUAUGGGGAGAAAUCCAGCGAAAUAAACAGUACAGAGAGACAGUGAGGGUAAAUGAUAUGGAUAGGAGGAAGGGAAUAUAGAUCACAUACAAACUGGCAGAGAGAGCCAGUCUCCUAGGCAAGACAUCUUGUUUGUUUUAAUUAGCUAAGGGACUGUCUGCAGUAAGAAGGACCAGCCCACAGCUCAUGCCAGAACCCAACAUAUCCCCAGUUCUAAGAGCUUAUCCCUCUGACACUGAGGAGGCAUCAGCUGGACCUGAGCAGCAAGAGAGCAGCAUCCAGGACAGCAAGCAAGAGAGCAGCAGCAUCCAGGACAGCAAGCAAGAGAGCAGCAGCAUCCUGGACAGCAAGCAAGAGAGCAGCAGCAUCCUGGACAGGCAGAAGGAAAGAGAUCAGCGACUUGUUACUACAGAGGACCAACAGAUCAGCAUCCACUCUGCCAUAGCCUAGCUAAGGGCUCCAUCACUGCAGCACCAGGAGGACCAGGACUGCUGCCUGCCACAUCUUCUUCUGGGCUUGGAUGCUGAAGGACACCUCUGUAUAUGGAAAUUGUGGGCUGCAGAACAGAAGAAAGUGCCUAUCCCUUCCGACCAGCAGCUAUGCUCUUCCACGGGAUAACCGGGGGACAUAUACAAGGGAUCAUGGAGGAGAUGGAGAGAAGGUCCAAGUCAGCGGACAACCGCCUAGCCCUGGCCAAGACCAUCCAAGUCAAUGGAAGAGAAACUAGAAUGCCACCACUCAGCCCAGAGAAGCCUACUCUAUGUGCAGGAUGUGGAGGAAAAAUUUCUGACAGAUAUUACCUCUUGGCUGUAGACAAGCAGUGGCAUCUACGCUGCCUGAAAUGCUGUGAAUGUAAACUGGCCUUGGAGUCAGAACUGACUUGCUUUGCAAAAGACGGAAGUAUAUACUGCAAAGAAGAUUAUUACAGGUUUUCGGUGCAGAGGUGUGCUCGUUGCCACCUUGGUAUAUCAGCUUCAGAAAUGGUUAUGAGAGCAAGAGAGUCGGUCUAUCACCUAAGCUGCUUCACGUGCACCACUUGUAACAAGACCCUGAGUACAGGAGAUCAUUUUGGCAUGAAGGAAAACCUAGUGUACUGCCGUGCUCACUUUGAGCUCUUGGUUCAGGGAGAUUUCCACUCACAGCUUAAUUACACUGAGCUCUCUGCCAAAGGAGGUGGGCUGUCUGCGCUUCCAUACUUCACCAAUGGAACAGGUGCAGUGCAAAAAGGAAGGCCCAGGAAGAGAAAGAGCCCGGCCCUCGGAGUAGACAUCAUGAACUAUACUUCAGGAUGCAAUGAAAAUGAUACAGAUUUGGACAGAGACCAGUCAUACCCUCCAUCUCAAAAGACAAAACGUAUGCGUACCUCUUUUAAACAUCACCAGCUCCGCACCAUGAAGUCAUACUUUGCCAUAAACCACAAUCCAGAUGCAAAGGAUCUGAAGCAACUGGCUCAGAAAACAGGAUUAACCAAAAGGGUCCUACAGGUUUGGUUUCAAAACGCACGGGCGAAAUUCAGAAGGAAUCUUUUACGACAUGAGAAUGGGGGAGGCGAUAAGGUUGAAGGUCCCUCUCUCAGCGCUCCAGCAUCAACGGACAGUGCUGCACUAACGCCAACCGGUGCUGCAUCCACAUUAUCAGACCUCACCAGCCCUUCCCUCAAUGUGGGGGCCUCUGAAACUCCAAACAUGGACAGUCAUGAGUCUGGAAGCCCUUCUCAAACAACCCUCACCAAUCUUUUUUAACAAUUAUGACUCUUUCUUGCUGUCUUUUCCCCCUUGCAAUACUGUGCAUUUUUAUCCCGUUUUUAAGAUAUACUUACAGCAUAUUUUAGAAGAAGAUGGAUGAACACGACAGCCACCAAGAAAAUUAGUUAUACAUUUAAAGCCUAUGCUCUGUGCUAUCCUUUGUUGCCUAUAAAUUUCUUAAUCCACAUCUGUUCACAUGGAUGGAUAUUGUAUAGGGAGGAGGAAAGAGAUGUGCAGACAAAAUGCAAACCCAUAUUUAUUGGUAUGCUUAGUUGUUCAUUGUUAUAAUUAAUUCCAUUCUUUACUCAGUGCUGGAAAGGGGUGCGGGGAUGUUUUCCUACUCUGCAAAAAAAACAUAAGCUCCAACCCUUAUCUACUGAAUGAUCAUUUUUUGAUUCUCACUGUGAUCUUUAAAGGCAUAUCCCCCAAUAAUUAUAUUACUCUGAUUGCCCAUAUAUUGCCACCACCACCACACUGAUUUUAUUUAAUAGCUUGAAGCAGUCUAAUUAAGAAAAAAAUAUAUAUAUCUUGUUUUCAGCGACUGAAGAUAUAGUAUUAACCUUGACUAAGGCAUUAGAGUAUACUGCCUCCAGUAAAGAUAUAUGCCUUUUCCCUCUUUCUCCUCUCUGUAACUCUUAGACCUGCCUAAUUAUGAUUCCAGUAUCCACACAUGUGCAGAGUAGCCAUAUUCUUCAUAUGCUCGUGUGCCCUAUUGGCAUGGACAGACUGAUAAGUUAGGAAAUACAAUUUGUUACAGGUGUUCAUUUUAUUUUUCAGUGAAAACCAAUAAAACUGAGGUAAGAUUCAAAUGUAUACAUCCUUGUAAGUGCCUCUAAGAAUUUAUAUGUUACUUAUUUCCAUAACCUUGAAAAAUAUACUUGAAAAAACAAAAGAAAUUGUUGUUUCUUUAGUUUUCCUUUAACAAAGCUACGCAUUUUGGAUGAGAUUUGAAAAAAAUAUUCUGAAAGCAUCAACGUUUCAUCUCAGUUAUGGGUGAAUGAUUAUGGGAUGAAUAACCCACUGGCUGCUUUUGUGUUUUGACGAUUCUAGUAAGAGCAUUGCAACAACCUAUAUCUCAACUGCUCCACCACAAUUUGGACACAGCCUAAAUCAAAUUAAAUUAUCUGUACCAUAAAACAAAAUUUGCAACAGAGAAUAGGAGCUGUUGCCUGUCAAUAAACAGUGAGUUGAUUUAAUAUGGAUCUUUAAAUAAAAAUUCUAAAUGUAGAAAAAGAUAGACUUUUUAUUGUUGAAG